CACUGUUCAGUCCGUUAUCUCAGCUCCUCCCCCCCAGCUCUCUGUCCCUCGCUCACUUACUUUUGGUCUCUCCUUUCCUAACCUUCACCCACUCUCUGACCACUCGAAGAGGCUCAGGAGAGGAGGAGAGGACUGAACAGCCUCUCCUGGUUUUCUGCUGCUGCUUGUCUUUCGAAUCAUGGGAUAGAGGCAGCAUUUCAGUCUCAGGAGUUCCUGCUCACAUUUGGACUAUGACUGUGGAGCUCUUUGCACACUUGUGCACGCUCAACUCAACUGGAGAUUAUCACAGGAAUAGUGUGUGUACAUGUGUUCUUAUGUGUGAGUCCUCUCAGCACCAUGUCUGCAUCUGAUCGUCUUGGGUCGAGCAGCAAGAGCCGCUCAUCAUGAGAGGGGGUCACCACCAGCGUGGGUGUGGGUGUCAGCACCUGUUCAGAAAACUGCUAAGCAAAUGUGGUUGCUGCAUGGUCCGUGUCAGAGCAGAGUCAUACUCCGUGGCAGGCAGUGACGGAAGCAUUGGCCCGUCAGUGGGCUCUGUGCCCCACCAGGCCUCGGGCAGCUCCAGCCCCUGCUCACACUCCUCAUCUGGAGGAUCACGGCACCCUGUCAGUGCCCUGAAGAGAUGGCUCAGCAACCCCGUGCGCAAGCUGAGCUCUGAUGCCAGAGCAGGGGCAGCGAAAGCUGAGAAGCAGAUGUGCAGGUCGGACGGGAGGCAGCCACCGUUGCUUCUUUCCCACAAUGAAGCUCAGCAGAGGCCUCAGGAACCACAAGAUAAUUACAACAUCCUCCCCUCCGGAGACACGAUGUGGAGAGAUGAUAUGUUGAGUCCAGCAGCUUCUUCUCCUACACAACCGUCCUGCCCUCCUGACCUCCUGCAAGGCAGAGAUACACACAGCCUAAGUCAAAAAUCCAGCAUCAACACUCUCCAAGGGGAGGAAAGCUGCACUGUGACUGAUGACUCAGGAAGUCAGUGGUCUGCCACAGUGGACAGCGAAGAGGAGAGGAGCAUUGCCUUAGAGAAGAGCAUAUAUGUGCUGACCGAAUUAAUAGAGACAGAAAGGUUGUAUGUGGAAGACCUCGGACUCAUAGUGCAGGGCUACAUGGCCACUAUGUCUAACCAGGGAGUUCCAGAGGACAUGAAAGGGAAGGACAGGAUUGUGUUUGGAAACAUACACCAGAUCUAUGACUGGCACAAGGAUUACUUCCUGGGAGAGCUGGAGAAAUGUGUGGGUGAUCCAGACAGCCUAUCUCAGCUCUUCAUCAAACAUGAACGACGUCUUCACAUGUACGUGGUCUACUGUCAGAACAAACCCAGGUCUGAGCACAUCGUCUCAGAGUACAUUGAGACAUACUUUGAGGAGCUGAGGCAGCAGCUGGGUCACCGGCUGCAGCUCAAUGACCUGCUCAUCAAACCUGUGCAGAGAAUCAUGAAGUAUCAACUGUUGCUGAAGGACUUCCUCAAGUACUAUUGUAGAGCAGGAAGAGACGUUGAGGAGCUGCAGAGGGCGGUGGAGGUGAUGUGUUUUGUGCCUAAACGCUGUAACGAUAUGAUGAAUGUUGGGAGACUCCAGGGGUUUGAGGGUAAAAUCACAGCUCAGGGGAAGCUACUCCAGCAGGAUACGUUCUCUGUCAGUGAGCAGGAAACUGGCUUUGUGUCCAGAGCGAGGGAGAGGCGGGUCUUCCUGUUUGAGCAGCUGGUUAUCUUCAGCGAGCCAAUUGAUAAGAAAAAAGGCUUCUUGUUGCCAGGGUACACUUUUAAAAACAGCAUCAAGGUCAGCUGUUUGGGUGUGGAGGAGCACACUGAAGAUCCAUGCUGCCUGGUCCUGACCUCCCGGGGGAAAGACGGAAGUGUGACGCGCUUCAUCGUGCAGGCUUCAUCUCCGGAAAUAAGGCUGGCUUGGCUCAGUGACAUUGUCCAAAUCUUAGAGACUCAGAGGAACUUCCUCAAUGCCCUUCAGUCCCCAAUUGAGUACCAACGCAGAGAAAGCAAGUCAAACAGUCUUGGCAGAAACAUGAAUUCUCCAUCUGCUCUGCAACCUCAGUUGUCAGCAUCUAUAGACCGACGUCAGCAGCCAUUUCUGUUGUCUCUCAACGCCUCCCUUCCCUCCCUGCAUCCACCGCAGCACUGCCCUGCAUCAAAGGUGGUUUCCAACCCUUGUGCUGCAACACCUGGAGAAGUUCUGCCAUCACCUUCUUCCCACCAGCAGCUCAGUUUGUGCACAGAAGCGGGACACAACGGAGAGACGUCCAAUGGUCUGCCUCACUGCAGCCAGCACAGCAUGAAGGGUGUGAUGACCAUGUUCAAGGCCAGCGAUGACGGUUGAACUCACUUUCCUUCUUGUAGGAGGUGUAGGAGUGCCUCGACUGAAUUCUUUGUUCAGCAGUGAUCGACUUUUUCACUCCACUGCAGGAGUCGUUAACAUUCCAGCUCCUUCACAUCGUCUCCCAAAUUUCCUUCCGGAUUCCUCCCAAAUACCACUAUGGUGCACGGUAUCUCACGGUAUCUCAACUAAUCUGGAUUAAUCAUAAUUUGAGUGUUUAAGCGACAUGUCAUGUACAGGUGUUGAUAACAGAGGAUAGGUGAAAAUACAGCACCAUGGACACUU